AUGGCGCAGAUUCGCGGCACCGCUGGCUACCACCUCGGCAGCGGCAACAACGCCAACCCCAACCACGGCGGAGGCAUGAUGAACAAUAGCUUUGGCAGCGGGCCUUCGUCGUCCUCAGCCACCAAUGAUCCAUCGCCGCUGGACGCCAUCCGGGAGCAGACGAGUAAACUGGAGGAUCUGCUCGACACGUAUUCAGACCCGCUCAAGCCAUAUCUGCCAGCCAUCGGCCGCUUUCUGAUCGUGGUGACCUUUUUGGAGGAUGCAUUGAGGAUUAUUACCCAGUGGAGCGAUCAGUUGGAGUACCUGCACACCUAUCGCUACAUGCCGUGGGGCAUCAACCACCUGUUCCUCCUGAUCAAUGUUCUCGCCAUGACCGUCUCCUCCGUCCUCAUCAUCGCUCGCAAAUACUCCGAAUAUGCCGUUGGUGGUCUCAUUGGCGUUGUAGUCACACAGGCCCUCGGGUAUGGGCUGAUCUUCGACAUCAACUUCUUCCUGCGCAACCUGUCGGUCAUGGGCGGCCUCAUAAUGGUGCUGUCCGACAGCUGGGUUAGGAAGAAGUUUGCCCCAGCAGGGCUGCCCACACUGGAUGAGAAGGACCGAAAAAUGUACUUUCAACUGGCUGGCAGAGUACUUCUCAUUUUCCUGUUCAUUGGAUUUGUGUUCGCUGGCGAAUGGAGCCUCGGUCGUGUGGUAGUCAUUGUCAUCGGUCUCGUAGCCUGCGUCAUGGUGGUCGUGGGAUUCAAGGCGAAGUGGAGCGCCAUUGUGCUCGUGAUGAUCUUGAGUGUUUUCAACAUUUUGGUGAACAACUUCUGGACACUACACCCACAUCACCCACACAAGGAUUUUGCCAAGUACGAUUUCUUCCAGAUCCUGUCGAUCGUGGGUGGACUGCUUCUUUUGGUCAACAUGGGUCCGGGACAGGUAAGCUUCGACGAGAAGAAAAAGGUCUACUAG